AUGGAGAUCUGGUGUAAAUCCACGACCGAAAUUAUGCUACCGGUUGUCGACCAUAACCGGGAAAAUAAACAGGAACCGUCGGAAAGAGGUGAUUUUAAUAGUUUGCCGUGGAAUAUAAGGUUUAUGUCAUUACCCAAUAUGACCGUGGGCGCAAAUGCUCCCGAGGUUGGAUUGCCGUCAGUUACGUCCGCGGAGCUGCCUGCAGUUUCAGCCAAUUCACAGUGUGUCGGAUUGUCUAUUACCACAUUUAUAAUACCAGCUGCGCCUGCAGAAGAUGACGGGAUCGAGACGUCGUUAUCGCUCGGCGUGCGGCUUGUGGUAACCGCGAAUAAGGUAACCCGCGUCGUCAGUAGUGAUGAGGGGACGGAACCGGCGGUAACCGCAGUUACACCAAGACGUGUGGAGCCGGAACAAGAAACUCCUCAGGCUAAUGUUCUGAUGUGGUGCGAUUGA